AUGCGGCGGAAUGACGUCAACGCGUGGCGGCCCGCCAACGAAUUCACCAGCUGCUGCGAGGAGGGGGAUGGCGCGGGGAGAGGGGGGACGCAUGACUCGGGGGCAGAUUCUUACAGGGGUGAUGCGUGGUGCAAUGGGGUUGGAGUGGGUGGUAAGGAGGGAGAUGAAGGUCGCAUGAGUGGUAGAGCACGAGAGGGAGGUAGGGAUGGGGAAUAUUCAUACGAGAUCGAUUGGACGGCCUUUGAGGCGCCUCUAGAGCAGCAGGAGUAUGCUUCAGUGGCGACAAGUUCUGAGGGGUCUGCAGCAGGCCCGCAGGGAUGUGCUUGGCAGAGGCAACAAGAAGGGUACGCUUCCCUGCCGUUGCACUCUCAACCGGACUUGGAGCGUUCCUAUGGGAAGACUGAGACGGCCUUUGAGGCGCCUCAACAGCAGCACGGGUUUGGUCGGUGGCAGCAGCAAGGGGGGUACUCUGCCCUGUCCACGCACUCUCAACCGGACUUUUUGCAUUCCUAUGGGGAGACUGAGACGGCUUUUGAGGCGCCUAGAGAGCAGCAGCAGCAGCGUGCUUCAGGGGGGACGAGUUUUGAUACUGUGGAGAGUGCUGAUGGCGGUGGCGCUCCAAUGGCAGCGCGCCACGUGGCGGAGCUAUCGCCGUCCCUUCACAGGCACCCCGAGGGAUGGGAUGCGGCGCUGAUGCGAACUCUAGAGGCGGAUCCUCUAGGGGUGCAUGGUGGGGGGAUGAUCAGUGCAGGGGUGGAUGGGGGAGGAAUGAAUGGCGCAUGGGUGAACUGUGCAGGGUUGAAUGGAGCAGGGAUGCAUGGUGGAGGGGUGGACGGUGGUGGAAUGAAUGGUGGUUGCAUGCAAGGUGCAUCGCCCCCCCACACCUCUCCUGCAGAGCUCCUUUCGUGUGCGUCCACCUCCUGUCUCCUCCACCUCCGCAGCCUCUCCCCCACUCCCACUCCCACCCACCCAUCCCAUCCCGGCCUUUCCUUAUCGCCUCCGCCCGUGGUUCCUCCUCUCUCCCUCACCACCUCCACUGCGCCAGCGCCAGCGCCGCUAACCCCCCCUCUGCCCUGCUGCCCCGCUGCCACAUGCCCAACUCACACCCCUUCUCAUUCUGUUCGCUCUCAUUCUGCCCCUCCGGUUGCACCUUCCCACCAUGUGUCACACAACGCCUGGGACAUGGGUGAUCUCAAGGCCCUCCAUGAAGCCACCUUCCCCAUCGCGUACGAGUCGGAGUUCUAUUCCAGCAUGGUGCAUCACAGGGGCAUCAUCUCAUGGGGUGCGGUGGACCCUUGCCAGCAGCAAGCUACCCCGUUCAUACCCAAUCUGCCCCGCACCCCCUUCCCUUUCUCCCCCCCAUCUCCCCCUCCCCCCUAUUCCAUCAGGUACGAGUCGGAGUUCUACUCCAAUGUGGUGCACCAUCGGGGCAUCAUCUCGUGGGGUGCAGUGGACCCUUGCCAGCCGGACCGGCUGGUGGGCUUCAUCACUGCUCGCCUCGUGCCGCCUGCCGAGGCGCAGCCGGGUUCAUCACUGCGCGCCUCGUGCCGCCUGCGGAGGCGCAGGCGCAGUGUGGCACGGGGGGGGAUGGAGAAAAAGGGGGAGAGAGAGGAGGGGGGGGUGGGGAUGGUGCCAUUAUCUCAUGGGGCGCAGUGGGCCCCUGCAAGCCUGACCGGGGUGGGGUUCAUCACUGCAUGCCUGGUUCCGCCUGGAAAGGCACAGGUGCAGUGUGGAAAGAAGGGGGUGGGGUGUGCAGCAUGGGGGUGUGCAGCAUGGGGGAGUGCAGCAUGGGGGAGUGCAGCAUGGGGGAGUGCAGCAUGGGGUGGUGCAGCAUGGGGGAGUGCAGCAUGGGGUAGUGCAGCAUGGGGUAGUGCAGCAUGGGGGAGUGCAGCAUGGGGGAGUGCAGCAUGGGGUAGUGCAGCAUGGGGGUGUGCAGCCUACUCUAUUUCUGAGUCAAUUCAAAAACUUGCUGUGUUGUCUGCAUUCCCCCCUCUCUCUCUACUUGCCUUCACCUCCCCCACUCGCUUCUCCCUCAUACACUUCUCCCUCAUACACUUCUCCCUCAUACACUUCUCCCUCAUACACUUCUCCCUCACACGCUCUCCCUCACACUCACCUCCCUCCCUCCCGCCAUCUCCCUCUCAAAGGGCGGACGGCGCGGACGUGCUUCCUCUGACUCCUCCAUCGCCCCUCCACACUCCAUCACCCUCGCUCCUCUACAUUCUCACGCUCGGUGUUUCCAAGCGCUACCGCAAGGCUGGCGUGGCAUCGCAAUUGUCAAUCUGGCCGUCCUUCCAUCGUGUACCUCUCCUCGUCCCCUUGCACUCGCAGCAUCCCACUUGGUGCAUCUCUUAUCUGCUUCUCUCCACGCCUCCUCUCUCUGCCUGCUACUUCAAAAGCUUUUGUCACCCCUCCCCUCCCAUCCUACCACCUGCCUCUCUUCUCUUCCCCACAGCAUCGCAACUGGUGCAUCUCCUACUCUCCCAUGCCUCCUCCCCUUCCCUCUCAGCAGCCUGUUUGUCACCCCCUCCCUUCCCUCCCACCAACUGCCCCUCUUCUUCCCGCCCCCCUUCCCCCACAGCAUCACACCUGGUUCAUCUCCUACUCUCUCAUGCCUCCUUCCUCCCGCACUGCGCCGCCGUCUACCUGCACGUGGUCACAUACAACGCUGCAGCCAUCCGCUUCUAUCGCUCGCUGCGCUUCUGCUACCGCCGCCGCCUCUCGCGCUUCUACUACCUUGAAGGUGGCGAGUACAAUGCGCUGCUCUUUGCGCGAUACGUCAACGGCUGGUCACCGCCCGACUCCUUGUGCGGUGCAUUGCGGUCCCAGUUGCAAGGGCCGACUCUCCAGCUACUGCAGUCUGCAUUCACAGCGGCUUCUGCUGUAGUGUCUGCGGCCAUGUUCCUAGUGUGUCGCCUUUUCCACGCCACCACACUCGCAGCCGCGAUCUCUGCUAGCCUCGUGACCGCCACGGAACCGCCAGCUGCACGUUUGACGAGGUGCGCGAGAUGUGCCCAGUCACGCGCGCAUCUCCUUUCCUCAUCCCUCCGAACCUCUUCCUCUCCGCCCCCCAGUAGUGGCUGCAGCAAGGUAGCAGGGCGCCAUGGAGGGGAGGACAUGGGCGCCCCGCUACCACAAGCGCCGUGGGGCGAGUGGAUGCUGGGCACUAUGGCACUCUCUAUUCGCCCUGCCACCACACGCGCCACUCAUCCACCCCUCCUUCCCUCCUGCUUGGGCCUCCAACUUGCUGCUGCAGCUGGGGUGAUAGCAGCAGCAUGGGCACUACAGGGCUAA